CUGAGGAUCUAUUUUAGUGAGCCACUCACAUGAGCACUGGAAUCUAUAUAUCUACCCUCUUUCUUUCCUUCUAGUCUCAGAAAAAGACGCCUGUGAGUGUUUGUCACUUGCUGUAGAAGAUUAAACGAGGGGGAACACAAGACUGCAAUCAUGUCUGAAGCGCCUUCGAAACCAAAGCCAAAAAUCUCUGCAUCUCGCAGGCUGUUCUUGAAGACAAAACUGCUAAAGAAGGCCAUGACUAUGUUGGAGAACGAAAAACAAUUCAAAAAAGAUGAACGAGAGAGGAUCCUUGCUGAGAGAGUGCCAGACCUCCAAAUAUCCGGUCUGUCUUUGCAGGACCUACAGAAUCUUUGCAAGCAGCUACAUCAGAAGAUUGACGUGGUUGAUGAGGAGCGCUAUGAUAUUGCUCUUAAGGUGACAAAAAAUGACAAGGAGAUACAGGAUCUGUCUCAAAAGAUCUUUGAGUUGAAAGGCAAGAUGAAGAGACCCAAUCUGAGGAGGGUGAGGGUGUCUGCUGAUGCAAUGCUGGGAGCUCUGCUGGGCUCCAAGGUCAAAGAGUCUGUGGACUUCAAGGCCAACCUCAAGACUGUGAAGAAAGAGGAGGAGAAGAAAGAGGAAGUGACUGACUGGCGUAAGAACGUGGAUGCCAUGUCUGGUAUGGAGGGCAGAAAGAAGCUUUUCAAUGCUGGACAAUAGAUUUAAAAUGAAUAUCUGGGUAAAGUUGUCUGUUACCAAACAGGUGGACGCAGCGAACUGCAUUAACUUUAUAAUGGUUAUAAUUCGGACACAGCUCAUGUUGUGAAUAUACAGACAGUAGUGAGGCAUCAGUAGUGUCUUUAGGACAACUGUCUAUUAAUAUACAUAUUUUUUGCAUAAUAAAAAAUAUGUACAUAAACAUAUUAGAGCACUCCGUUGCUUUUAUAGUUUUUUAGCUUAUAUAUGAAUCAAUAUUGAUAGCCCUGCUUAUUGACUUUAUUUACUUAUCAAAAAAAUCACCCAUAUUUACAGAAAACCAGAUGAGCAUAUGACAAGAAAUCUUUCAUGUGUCCUGCUUAUGUUCUGCCCAUGUUGUCUGAAAAAGCUUGUGCUCUUUUGCUAUACUGAACUGAUUAAGACCGUGAAUGCACAUUCCAGGGGCAGCUAAUGCUGGAGUCAACUGUUCAUGAAGUCCUUGUAUGAAUGUGGUAUUAAUUAAACUAAUGAGCAAAGCAUUGUCAUAAUCAAUCAAAUAAUAAAAUCUCUUUAACAUUAAUCAGAAA